AUGUCAUAUUCCGAAUCAGUAGAACAAGCUAUCUCUAACAUUAAACAACAGACGGUGUUGAUGCAACGUAGUUUGAAUAAUAGAAAAUUGAUGGAUGCAUUGAAAUUCACAUCGGCAAUGCUAACUGAGUUACGUAAUCCUAGAUUGCAACCAAAACAAUAUUAUGAAUUGUAUAUACAAAUUUUUGAUUCAUUGACAAUCUUAUCUGCUUACCUUGUGGAAAACCAUUCAAAUGGUCACCAUUUAGCAGAUUUAUAUGAAUUGGUUCAAUAUGCUGGGAAUGUUGUCCCUAGAUUAUAUCUGAUGAUUACAGUAGGGACAAGUUAUCUUAAAAUACCUGAAUCACCAAGGGAAGAAAUCUUGAAAGAUAUGAUUGAAAUGUGUCGUGGUGUACAAAACCCAAUUAGAGGCUUAUUUCUAAGAUAUUAUUUAUCUCAGCGUACAAAACAACUACUGUUACCUGGAGAUGAUAAAGACGCCAUCGAAUUUAAUUCUCAAUUUAUAAUUACAAAUUUCAUUGAAAUGAAUAAAUUAUGGGUUAGAUUACAGCAUCAAGGUCAACUACGUGAAAGAGAUCAAAGGACAAAAGAACGUAAAGAAUUACAAAUUCUAGUAGGUUCUCAAUUAGUUAGACUUUCUCAAGUAGUUGAUGAUAAUUUGGAAUUGUAUAAAGUUGAAAUUUUACCAAUAUUGUUGGAACAAAUUGUUCAGUGUAGAGAUGUUGUCUGUCAAGAAUAUCUUUAUGAUGUCAUAUGUCAAGUUUUCCCAGAUGAAUUCCAUUUAAAAACGUUGGAUUCGUUACUUGAUACCUCAUUACAAUUGAAUACUGAAGUAUCAGUGACAAAAAUCAUCCUAACUUUAAUAAACAGAUUAAAUGGUUAUAUCGAAAGAAUACAACAAAAUAAUGAAAAUAAGGAGACGAAUGGUGAUGAGUCAAAAUCAGAAAAUGUCCCAAAGGAUACAUUCGAACGAUUUUGGAAACAUUUAUUAAAAUUAAACGAGGAGAGACCAGAUUUAUCUGUUCAGGAAUUGAGUGGUAUAAUUCUAAGUAUUAUGAAUUUAUCAUUGACUUGGUACCCUAAUAAUAUUGAAAAUUUGGAUCAAUUAUUUGAUUUAGUAUCACAAAAAUGUAAAGAUUUUGGUGAAGAAAAAAUUGACGAUUCAGAAUCGUUUAUGGUGGAUUUAUUAACUGCACAAAAUCUUGAAAUUGUUAAAGAUUUCUCAGUUUAUUACUUUAAUUUAAUUACGCAAUGCGGAUCAUUCCAAACUCUAUUGUCAUUGCAAAGCUCACAAUCUCAAAUGGAAGUUUUGACCACAAUUAUAAAUUCCUUCUUAGAUAGAAUAAUGAGUGUUAAUCUAAAACAAACUGAAGAUCAUAAUGAAUCACCUUUAUUAAUAAUUUCCAAGACUCAAUUGGAACGAUUCUUAGCUAUUUUGGAACCAAUGAUUACUCUUAAAAAUACGAUAAAAGGUAACGAUGAAGGAGAUGAGACAAUAAAACGUGAAUUUACUUUAUCGAGAUAUCAAGAAAAAUUGGCCAAAAUAUGUCAUUUCUUAAUUCAACGUUUGGAUAAAUCUGUCUUUAAGACUAUUGAAUCAGAAAUCGAACUGUUAUUGAUGAUUAAAAAUGCAUUUCAUAAAGGUGGUAAAAAUAUUAGGUAUACAUAUCCCGCUAUUAUAGCAAAUUUUUGGAGAAUGAUUAGAAAAUGUAGUAUUUACAAAAAAAGGAUAAUCAAAAAGGAAACUUACUAUGAUAAUUUAAUGAAACAAAUCUUUAAAUAUAUUUCACGUUGUAUUAGUGAUAUGUUUAAUAACUGUGGGAAUAGUAGUAUGGAUAUAAUCUACAAAUUGAACCUUCAAAAUGCCGCCCUAGCAGAUCAAUUAUCAUUAGUCGAUAUAUCGUAUGAUUUCUUCUCUGAAGCGUUUGGUGUCUUUGAGGAAUCCUUAAGUGAUUCAAAGACUCAAUUCCAGGCCUUGAUUUAUAUGGCGCAAACAUUACAAAAGACAAGAUCCUUAUAUAAAGAAAAUUAUUAUAAUUCUUUGAUUGUAAGAACAACAUUACAUGGUUCUAAAUUAUUAAAGAAACAAGAUCAAUGUCGUGCAGUUUAUGUCUGUUCUCAUUUAUGGUGGGCAACAGAAAUAUCAUCGAUUGGCGAGGAAGAAGGAGAGACUACAGAUUUCUUCCGUGAGGGGAAACGCGUUCUUGAAUGUUUGCAACGUUCACUGAGGGCUGCUGAUUCUCGUAUGGAUAAUGUUGAAAGUUGUGAAUUGAUGGUAGAAAUUCUAAAUGUUUGUUUAUAUUAUUUUGUGCAUGGUGAUGAACAAAAUACACACGUAGGUGUUAGUUACAUCAAUGGAUUGAUUGAAUUAAUUAAAAACAAUCUGAAAUCGCUACGUCUUGAGGAAGAACAAAGAUUGUCUGAGAUUGAUGCUACUAAUAAGGAUUCAAAUGAUGGAACAUUAGGGCAAACUUACAAUAAGAAUCAAUAUGUUAUGGGAUUGGAUGGGACAUAUAUUAAAUUAGGUAAUGUUAAUAACAGUUCAUCCGCAAAUACUGAUUUUAUGAUUAAAGAUAUGAAGAUUAAUGACAUGAUACAAGUUCCUAUUAUGCAUUUUAAUAGAACUUGUGAAUAUAUAUUGAACCAAAGAGAUAUAGAUAAUAGGUUCAAGACUGUAGUGUUGUAG